AAUUUUCGAACAACCUUGACCUUUCACGCAUGUUAUACCAUUCCAGAUAACUUGUUAGAAAGGAAUCAUCUCGCUAUUUGUUUUGUUAAUUAACUAUCGAAGAACUUGCCGAUUAAAAUGGAGUCUGAUAAAGGUUGUAUUGGAAAUCUAAGUGAAUCUGUUGCGGAGUUCCAAUUGGUUUGUAGGGAAAAAGUUCGUAAGGUUUACGAUGAGAACGAUUUAGUAAAUUUGGCGAAUCAGAUUCAGCAGUCCGAUUCGAAGGUGAAGAUGAGUGUCAAUACAAAAUUACAGGUUAUAUUAGAGCAAAUGAAUAACUUGAAAGAACAAGCUUUUAGGAUAUUAGAAGAAGCAAAAAGAGACACAGACCUUAACCACGCCGAAUGCAACUUGAUAAAGAAACCAGGAAACAUAUACUACGUCUAUAGAAGGGCGGAUAACAAAACUUUCUUAUCUAUUGUUUCACCAACGGAGUGGGGUAGUAGUAAUCCACAUAAAUAUGUCGGAGCUUAUAGAUACGAGUACGAUUCAAGUUGGACUCCAAUUGAUAAGAUAAGUCAAGCCGAUGAAACUCGUGAUAAGAUUGAUCGGAUUAUCAAUGAUAAAUUAUCAAUAACAGCUGAGGGGUUUAAUCAAUAA